AUGUCGAGUGGCGGGUCCGUCGAGCUGGCUCCUACGUCCACCUUGCGGAUCCGGGGGGGGGGUGAGGACGCAACGAACCCGGCCGAUCUCGAUCCUCUGCAGGCCGUUCGAGCAGCUCGAGCAGCUCGAGCAAAGGCACAGGCACAGCAGGAACCGUCGAGCACGAAGAAAGACGAAGGCAAACAAAUAAUGGGGAUGAAGGGACGGGCCGAUAGACUGGGCGCUAAGGCAGCAGCGAAGGAUGCAAAGAAGUAUGAUAGCGACUCUGAUGACUCCGACAUGCAGCAAAUCACUAGAAAAAUCUCUGAAACAAAGUUGGAAGGAAAGACCUCAUCAGGAAGGAUGCCUGCAGCGAAAGUGGAGGAUGAUAAGCCAAGCGCUCAAGCUGCUGAAACUCCUGCUCCAGCUUCAGGAUCAGCUGCAGCCGGACCUGCAGCAGAGGCAGCAGCAGCAGAGGCAGCAGCAGCAGAGGCAGCAGCAGCAGAGGGCGUUGCCACCGGCACUGAGACCAGCCUUUCAAAUUUCAAUGAGACGAAAGCAACGAAUAGAGGCGAAAGUGAAGAAGAAACCGGUGUUGUUCUUCCUAUCAAGAAGUUCAUCCCCAGCACGGACUACGUCAAGAGUCUUGAUGAGACGUACGAGUUGAAGUCCCACAAGCUGCAGUAUUUCAUCGACGAGCUCCUGCUCGAAGUGAAUGCUCAGGGCAAGAAAGUCAAUCAGUCCUACUACCUGAGCCAGGUUUUCAAGCACUCCGACGAGCUCGCCACGUUUCAGGCUGAUUACAACGAUCUGGGACAAAUCCUCGUGUCUGAUGAAAAUCUUCAUCCUCAUCUCUUCGUGAAAGAUGCUUAUCGACUGCCGAUUGCCAAGCACUACAAUCAGAUUUCCUUCCCCAGUGAAACUGCAUCGCUCAACGCCGCCCUCCAGCUGGUGGAAGACGGCGGGGAGGUCAUUCUUGAAGAGGGCGAGCACGAAGUGACCGGCGUGAUCGGCUUGGGAGCCGUGGGUGAAUUGGAACGAAUGAAGUUGGCCAGGGAGGAUGAGGUGGAGGCGGCGGACGCUACUCGACGAGUGCUUGUGAGCAGCAAGCAGGAUGAGACAGACUUUGUGAUUGGACGAUGGAUCAUGGGAGCUCGAGUAACGGGGCUGUUUAUGAAGUGCAAUCUCAAGAGGAGCGCCGACAAUUUGCAAGAAUCAACGAUGCGGUGCAAGGUGGUCUGCUCUGGAGGAUGUGCGCUUGUCCUGCGGGCAGAAGGGGUCAUGUCCUGCUCCAACACGAUGGUCGGAGGGGUCGACGAGCAUGAAACUGCUACAGACUGUGUCGCCAUGCUUGAGCAAUCCAACGCGACGUUCAGGAUGUGCGAACUGCGGCAUGCCAGGAAGGACAUCCAUGGCAGCAUCUUCUACGGCUACGGAAAGAAGAUUGAACUUUAUGCUAUCGGCAGGAACGGGUCUAUCUCUGCUGCAACAGGCGGCAGUUACAAUGGACAAGACAAAUAUUCGAAAGCGAUCAUCACCAACUGCAGCUUUACUGACAUUCGUGACGGAGUUUUCUCCUCUAUGCAUUGCACUGGAGCGAGCCUGGAGAUGUGGGACAACCAAGCUUGCUCGAACCCUGCCGCGGAGCUUGCAAACAUGGACAACCUCAGCAUACAGGGAGGGAGGAAUAAGCAGAUCUCCUCGUCAUGA